AUGGACACUAAAGGCUCAUUUUUCUAUGGCUUCCUUUUGCUGCUGCUCAUCCAGCUCCAGUCCAGCAGAGCCAACCCCAUCUACAGCCUCAGCCCUGCCAAAGAACUGGCCAGCAUGGAGGCUCUGCUGGAAAGACUGGAGGAUAAGUUUGCAAUGAUGGAAGCCCUGGAGUCCAAUCCUGACCUGCAAGAACCAAAAACCCAGGAGGAGAUCCUGUCGGAACUCGCCGAUGACAGUGACAACCAGAAGGCUGAACCCAGGCUUGCACCCAACACCCCUCUGUCCUACAGGGACCCCUUCCUCAAGAGACUGAGGGGGCUGCAGAUGCCCAGGAUGAUGAGAGAUUCUGGCUGCUUUGGCAGGAGGAUUGAUCGGAUCGGCUCCCUGAGUGGGAUGGGCUGCAACGGUGAGUCCUGUUCCCGGAGAAAUUAG